AUGUCAUCAGUUGCAUCGAAACACGCAUUGCUCAUUGCUCUCGGUGGAUUUUCCAUUGCAGCUCUUUUUGUUUGGUACAUCAACAAAAAGGACAAAGGUGAACGCGAAAAGAAGAAAGUGAACGAUUUGGUGACGAAUGGAUCAGCAGUUCGAGCUGAAAAUGGAAAUCUGAAGAAAGCACAGAACGGACAUGCAAAUGGAGCUCCAGGCUCGAUCAGCUCCUCGAAGUUGCAGAAGGCAAGAGAUGAAGAAAAAGCAACAGAUGUUCCAGUUCAGAACGAGAAAUCAUCGAUCGAAGAAAGUAGACAGAAGAAGUCGGCCGAGAAGCAAGAAGUAGUCACCGAGAAGGAAGAAACUGAUCACGUUGCUGCAGGAGACAGAAUAACAGUCCAAGAGCAACAAAAUCAGGAAGAAAAGGAGAAUCAGAACACCGGAGCUGAAUCAACUAAGGAAAAAGAAGUAGAAAUCAAGGAAUCUGUGAACGAGGAGCCGAAGGAAGUUGUCGAGGAACAAUUCAUCAAAAAGGAAGAACCGAAAUUGAAAUCCACUCCAGCUUCAUCAAUCAAAAUGCCAUCGAAAACUAAGGUACUCGAGAAUGAGCAGAUACCAGAAGAACCAACACCGACGAAAAGCUUCGAUGCCUCAUCUCCACUGAGUCUUGAUAUUACAGCACAGAUGUCUCCAGCCGCUUUUUCGUGGAGUGAAGAGAUGGAGAAGAGCUUCAACGAAGAAGAGUUCCAAAUAAAUGAGUCAAGUGAUAUUGAUAGAUCACCAGCAUCACCACACAGACAUGUGCAGUUCAAGAAAGGAGGAUCAGGAAAGAGUAACAGUAACAGAAAGGGAAGAGGAGUAGCAGGAAAAGAUCAUCAUCAUAGUCAUCAUUUGAAUUCACACAAAGAAGAGAAACAUGCUCCACUCAAGAAGGGACAGAGACGAUUGACAAAAGAGAAAAGCGUAGAGGAAACUCCAGAAAAGCCACAAAAGAAAGUCGCCGUGAAGCACCAGGAGGUCGUCGACUCGCCAGACGUCUCACUCAACCAAACAAUCGAAAUUCAGCAUCCGGAAGACGAGAGUUACGAGAAGAGUGGAUCACCGGGAUCGGAUAGUCUGAACAGUGAGACGGAGUGGACCACGAACAAUCGUUGCAGUGUCUUUCCUCUCCGUAUUCAAACCCUCAAAGUCAUCUUAAGAUUCCCAUCUAAUUCGUCCCUUGUAACCCGAUGUUGCCAAUUUGAUAUUGAAGGUGUCUGCAACACUGUCGAUGAUUCGAAAAGGAGAGUGAUGAAUCGUGCCAACGGCGGCAUCGUUUACUAUUUCUACUACUCAUCGUUCCCUCUCCUCCACCCUCUUCGCCUUCUUUUUCUUUCUGUCUGGCAUCGUCGGCACGUUGCCCUUUUGACAAUGUCGUCUGUCUCACCUUCACCGCUUGCUUCGUCAUCGAAUAGUGCCAAUGCUAGACAAUGGACAAGUAGACAUUGA